GGGGGCAGCGCCGCUCACACAUGGAGGUGUGGUUUUAGUUAUGCCGGAGCGGAGCGAAGUGGGUAUGUGUGAGUGUGUGUGCGGCCGAUCGAGAAGGGCACGUCUCAAAAAGCGUGUGAGACGCGGAAAGUGUGGCGCGAGAGAUCGGCGCGGCGCUCGGGCGGCUCGAGUGCGAGGCCACGUGUAAGGAACGGAGACAGACACGGACACAGAGGUGAGGGCUCUAAAUUGCGCCGAGGCUCAAGAACCGGAAGAUCUUAUUCUGGUGGACACCGACUUACCCGUCUGCGGUAUUUCCCUGGGUAUUUCAUGUUAAUAACACAGCUUGCGUGUGUGGCAACACCGACAGCGGCACAAGCAUUAAGCGCAACUCGGCGAUGAUCUCGACAUAAUUUAGUGCAGCCACUUUGUUCGAGGAACGCGGGAGCCUUUGCAGUUCCACCAUGACAUCGCAUGUGAAGCUAAGGAAGGAGAAAGGCGGGCUGGCCGAAUAUGAAGCACAGAUCAAAGAGUUGCGUGGCCAGCUAUCGGAUCAGCUCAAGGUGGUCGACUCCCAGCUGGAGCCCAAGACGCUGCUGCUGCAGGACCUGUGCGACUACCUGCGUCGGCGCGGGGAGAUCGAGGCCGAGUACGCCCGCUCCCUGGAGAAACUCACCGAGAGGUUCGCAGCCAAGACAAGGAGGAAGGAGCAGAGUGAGCAGUCGGUGGCCCAGUGCUGGCUGGUUCUGCUGAAUCAGACUCGGCAGGAGAGCAAAGACCACGGUGCCAUGAGCGAGUGCUACAGCUACACCCUGACCCAGCGCCUGGCGCACUGCCUGGAGGACACACAGCGGCUGGCCAAGCGGAGUAAAGAAAUAGGUCUUCAGAUGCAGGAGGAUCUCCUGAAAGUCACCUCCGAGGUGCAGACGGCCUUGAAGACCUAUCACCAGUACCACACGGACUGCCUCGCUGCUGAGGGAAAGCUGAGAGAAGUGGCCCGCCUGGAUGACCGGCAGAUGGGGAAGUGCACCGAGAUGAGCAUGAGUCAGUCAGCAGGCCAGAGGCGGGGCACUGUCAAGAAAAUAGAGAGGCAGAUAGAAAAGAGACAGGGGAGGUUCCAGGAAGCCCAGCUCAAGUGCACUAAAGCUCGCAAUGACUACCUGCUGAACCUGGCUGCUGCCAACUCCUCCAUGAGCAAGCAUUAUCUGCAGGACAUCUGCACUCUUAUCGAUUGUACGGAUCUCGGCUACCACCUGUCAGUGUCUCGAGUUAUGCAGUGUUACCUGUCCACUCACUACCGAGCCCAGCAGAACCUCAAGGAAGGUCUGCAGCAGCUGGACAAUGCAGUGUCCAAGCUGGACCAGAGCCGGGACAGAAACGUGCUGUUGCAGGCCCACAAUGCGACCUUCUGCUUGCCGUUUCACUUCCAGUACCAGCCUCAUGAGGGUGACCAGGUGUGUGAGGUAAGCGCGGAGAAUCAGGUGAAGUAUGAGCUGGAGACCCGGUUCCAGCAGCUCCAGUCACGGCUAGCUGCUGUCACUCUGGAGACCGAGGAGGUCAGCAAAACACUUCGCGCCACCUAUUCGGCUCUACUGGAAAGCAUCAGUGACGACGACUGCGGCUCCGCACCUGAGCAUGGCAGCACGCAGCCGCAGGAGGCCGGUGGCGAAGCCCCUGGAAGCAAGCCUAGCCUGGCCAAGCGCAGAGCCAACCAGCAGGAGACCGAGGGUUACUAUUUCACGAAAGUGAAAGAGCACCUCAGUGGCAGAUCUCUGAUCUCCAAGCUUCAAGCCAAGCACGACCUGCUCAAGGAGGCCAUAAAGAAAGCUGAGGCCAUGGACAAUGAUCCCUCCAGAGCGCAGUCCAACAGGUCGGUGCGCCUGCGAAAGGCCCGGCCCUGCUCCCAGUACAGCCACAAACUCUUCAAUGGGGACAUGCUGUCAUUCAUUCAGAGCUCAGGGCAGCAGAUCCCUCUUGUGGUGGAGAGCUGCAUUCGUUUCAUCAACCUGCAUGGUCUGCACCAUGAGGGGAUAUUCCGUGUCCCAGGAUCGCAGAGCAAGAUCAACCUCAUCAAGGAUGCUUUUGAAAGGGGAGAGGACCCCUUGACAGACAGCGAGUGUGACCUAGACUCAGUGGCGGGAGUGUUAAAGCUCUACUUUAGGAGCUUGGAAAAGCCCCUCUUCCCCUCGGAGAGCUUCAGCCAGCUCUUGGAAUGUGUUCAGAUAGACAGCGAGACAGAAAGGGCCGCCCGCAUCAAGUCCCUCAUCACCUCUUUCCCUCCUGAUGUCGUCAUUGUCAUGAGAUACCUCUUUGCAUUCCUUCAUCAUGUGACCCAGUACAGCGACGAGAACAUGAUGCAGCCUUACAACCUCGCCGUGUGCUACGGGCCCAGCUUGCUGAGGGGGGCCGAGACGGAGGACAUAGUAGCACUGCAACCCCAGAUCAACGCGCUGGUCAAGACCAUGAUACUCCAGCACGAGAGCAUCUUCCCAAGCCAAGCUGAGCUGCAAGGCCCCAUCUAUGAGAAGUGCAUGACCCUGGAGCAGGAGUACUGUGAGCCAGUCAUGGAGGAAGGAGAAGGAGACGCAGAACAACUUCCCAGUGAGGACGAGUGGGAUGCUGUGGCUAUGUUUGACUAUGUGUCCCGUUCCUCUGCUGAGCUGUCAUUCAAGCAAGGGGAUUACCUCAUACUCCAUAGCAGGGCAUCUGUCGACUGGUGGAGAGGAGAAGUGGGUGGAGUUAAGGGCCUCAUCCCUGACAAGUACAUCAGUGUUAUUGAUGGGUCGACGCGAGGGAGGGUGGAGCAAGCAAAAGCGGGCAGCACCGGGAACCUCUCCAUGGAGCCCCAGACUGCGGAACAAAGCAACCGUCUCAGGGUGAACAGUGACUGUGGCUCCAUUCCCAGCAGUGGAAGGAAAGUGGGUGAAGCGAGGUGGUUCCCUCCUUCCCACAACCCUGCCCAUGGACAUCACUCAGGAGCCCAAGAUAGAAGAGCCACUUUGGAAAAUGUGAAACCAAUGGGAACACAAGACAAACAGACGGGACAGUUUGACAAGGAGAUGAACUUCCAGAUGAACUCGGUUUUCAAGGAGCUCCUGGCUCGUCAACCCCUUGUAGAUCAAGCCUCCACCACCUCCUGCACAUCACCUGGCUCUCUUUUGUCACCGUCUCUUCUUCGCCCCGUACAGAAGAAGACAGGUGCUGGGGUGGGAGGGUACAGUUCAGACAAGCUGACCAACAGGAAUGAGAGAACUUUGGGGAAAUAAGGGAUAAGGGAAAACAAAAGAAUGAAAGAGAGAAGUGAAUAAAAUAUGGAAUAAGGGUAGAAAAAGAAACUGAGAUGGGGGUGAGACUGGGUAGGUAAUUGAUGGAUUGAGAGACAAUUUUUAAAAUAUAUUAUUAGAAAAUUUUCCAUCUAAAAUAUGUAUUGUCAAUGCAGCACAGUUCAGUGGAGCAUAAAGUCGAGGCUGUGUUUUCAUAGACAGGCACCUGUGUCUGUGGAAGCAGUCAUCAUCAUUACCUCCGUAAAGGUGCAUUAUGUGCACAAGAGAGGAUGUUUGGGCUUUUGUGAUUUGUAUUUGGAGGAAGAGAGAAGAUGGAGAGAAAUCCCGUGUAGGGUCAGCACUGCACACCGGGCGCUGUGGCUGACUGGCUGUGGUAGUGCUUCUCCAAACAUGCUGAUGUGCUCCAAGUUCUCCGGUGGAGGACUGAGGCUUACCCAGGCAACCAGUGUCACACCACAGAGCGCGAGUUCCUCCAUCCACUGCUCACAUCUUCCAUGAAAAGAAGCAGAUAUACUGCAAAGCCUUUCUAACCACCACGCUUGCUAUGGUUUUUGCUUUGUUCGCAAUUUUUUUAUGUACCGAGUGUGUUGUUGUUGGACAAUAUA